GCCUCCCUUCAGUCAAACCACCCGUUGACCCCACCACCCUACACACACUCCACUUUCUCUCUCACACACAUACCCACUUUCUCUCUCUAAAAUCCAUCUAUAUAAGCAACCAAAAACCUCUCUUUCUUUCCUACCCACCGUUAUCGCCCAUCACUACAUUUGUUUUUCAAGAUUCUUCCACCAUGGUUAUGAAGAACGAAACUGCUAAGCCGCUCACGGCGGCGCGUAAGGUUGACGCCGUCAAUGAAGUUCAUUACAGGGGAGUGAGAAAGAGGCCGUGGGGUCGUUACGCGGCUGAGAUUCGCGACCCCGGGACGAAAACCCGGGUCUGGUUGGGCACUUUCGAUACGGCGGAGGCGGCAGCCAGAGCCUACGACGCCGCCGCGAUCAACUUUCGUGGAUCCAAGGCCAAGAUCAACUUCCCUCUGUCGUUGGAUUCCGCCGCCGGUCAGAACGAUAGUCGUAGUAGCACCGUGGAGUCUUCCAGCCGUGACAGCGAGCAUAACGCUCCGGUGGAACUCGAUCUCAUGCGGUGCGUCGUCGGCGAGGCGACGGCGGUUGGUGGGUGUCAGUUUUUUGUCAAUGGUAACCAACAGACGGUGGCGCUUCUUCCCCACGCGCAGCCGCUAAUGCCUUUUGGAGUUCGACCCGGGAUGACAAUGAACCGGGGUCACCCGUACCCGUUUCAUCAAACGGAGCAACAUUUUAACGGUGGAUAUGGUGGUAGGGCGGCGAGCGAGUCGGGUUCGUCGAAUGCAGCGGAUUACAUCCCACGUGAUACGAGUUAUUCGAAAAGAGAGCUUAACCUUGAUCUUAAUUUGGCCCCACCAACCGUAGAAGUUUGAUGAUGACGUGUAUAUAUAUGUGAAAAUAUAUAUGCAUAUUUAAAGAAAAGGAAGUCUAAUUUAGAAGGGGGAAUACAUGAAGUAAUUUCUCUUUAUAGUUAAUUUUUGUAAUUAUGUUGGAUAAAUCCAUGAUUUAUAUCAACCACACACACUAACAUUUGUAUUGUUUAUUAAAAUACCAGUCACAAGGGUGUUUAUCAAUUGAAAUCCAAAAUAUGUACGUAGAUCUGAUCCAAUCAAAUCAUCGAUCUUGGAUUUUGUCUCCACUCCAAUCCGAUUGACAUUAGACUUUCAUCUGAUAGAUGAUUGGAUCAAAUGGGUUCUACCCAUUGUAUACUAUUGAUUAUCUGUUCAAUCAUGUUAGAUUUA